GCAAAGUUAACCUUGAUGGUGCGCCAUUUUGAAUCUCUACGUAAACAAAGUGUCACAAAAGCGAAAACCCGAAUGAAAUAGCUAGAGCCAUAUGUCUGAGAGAACGAGACGGCGCAAAGCACCAUCCAGCACCAAUGACCAGGACAAAACAAGAAAUGCUUCACCAGUUAAAAAGCUGAAAUUGGAUUCAAAUGGUAAAAUACCAACUAAUGCUUCACCCAGUCUUAAACCAGUAGCAUGGGAAAGAGAGUCUGAUAAGUCAACAUGGACAAAGUUUUCUGCUAAUCAGGUUGAGGUUAUCAGUGAAGCCUUUAAAGCUGGAAAACCAGACGUGGAUAUCAAAGAUGGCAAGUCUGAGAUCACAGUUAUAUUUGAGAGGAUGGUGCAGAGGAAUAAGAAAACUGGAUGGGAAAAAAGGAUUAGAUGCACUCUGGUGGACAGAAGUGUAGAUCCAGAUGAAUAUACUUGGGAAUAUGAGGAUGCCAAAGGAAAUUGGACAGAAUACUCUAAGCCUAUUGUUUACCUUUUUGAGGCAGCAUACAUGGUAGGGUUAUCCAGCAUCAAGUUCAAAGAUGAUAAAAGAGAACUUAUUCUUGAUUUAGCAAAGAAAGUUCAAACAACUAAAACUGGAAGGGGAGUGAAGAAUGUACAUCGAAUCAACACCACUGAUGCUAUCUCAAAGACCCAACCUAAAGCAGUGACAGCAGAUAAGAGUGCUGCAAAGGCAAACAAGAAAGUGAAAAAAGAAGCUGAAGCUGAAAAUGGUGAUGUGAAGUCAUUUGUGUUCAGUGGAAAGGCUCCAGUGGACAGUUUCUGCACAAUUAAAGACAGCACUCAUGUGUUUACAGAAGGAAAUGACAUUUGGGAUGUAAUGCUGAACCAGACAAAUGUCAUGAACAACAACAACAAGUACUAUCUCAUUCAAUUGCUGGAGGAUAACCAAGCAAAGAAGUAUUAUGUCUGGCAAAGAUGGGGAAGAGUGGGAUUCAAUGGUCAAAACAACUUAGUUACCUGUGGGCCAGAUCUUGAGGGGGCUAAAAGAGUGUUCACUAAAAAAUUCACAGACAAGACCAAAAAUGAUUGGGAGGACAGGCAUAACUUUCAAAAAGUCCCAGGGAAGUAUGAUCUUCUGAUCAUGGAUUACAAUGCUGACAAGGAGGAAAAAGAUCAAGUUGAUGCACCUGUAAAAGAAGAAAAACCUACUUUAGAAAGCAAACUGGACAAGAGAAUCCAGAACUUGGUAGAACUGAUCUGCAAUGUACAGGCAAUGGAAGAAAUGUUGAAGGAGAUGAAAUAUGACACCAGAAAGGCACCUCUUGGAAAGCUUACCACAGAUCAGAUUAAAGCUGGUUAUGAAGCCCUGAAGAGGAUUGAUACCUGCAUAAGAAACAGUGACUUUGGCUCUAAACUGGUGAAAGCAUGUGAUGAGUUCUACACAAGAAUUCCUCACUGUUUUGGGAUGAAAAGACCACCUCUCCUUAGAACAACAGAGGAUGUCAAGAUCAAACUGGAUUUGUUAGAGGCCUUAGGAGACAUUCAAAUUGCUGUCAAGGCCUUGCAAGAAGAAGAGGAAUCCCUUGAACAUCCCCUUGACAAGCAUUACAAAACACUACAUUGUGCUUUGAAGCCCCUUGAUCAUGAGCAUAAUGAUUUUAAGAUGAUUUCUAAAUAUCUAAAGAAUACUCAUGCUUCUACUCAUAAUCAGUACGACAUGGAACUGCUGGAUGUGUUUGCACUGGAGCAUGAAAAGAAAGAUUUCACUGAUGUGGGUAACAGGAUGCUUCUCUGGCAUGGAUCUCGUUUAACAAACUGGGUUGGCAUUUUAAGUCAAGGAUUGAGGAUAGCUCCGCCAGAGGCUCCAGUGACAGGGUACAUGUUUGGUAAGGGUAUCUAUUUCGCCGACAUGUCAUCCAAAAGUGCAAAUUACUGCUUUGCAACAAGAUCGAAGAAUGUUGGCAUUCUUUUACUCAGUGAGGUAUCCCUGGGGAAGAGUAACGAACUCUUGGCUGCAGAUUAUACCGCUGACAAACUGCCAUCUGACUGUCAAAGUGUGAAAGGUAUGGGUCGGAUAGGUCCCGAUCCGAAUGACACCUACACAAUGCCAGACGGGGUCACUGUCCCUUUUGGUAAAACUACUGAGACUGGUGUUGUAAACCCACGUGGAUACACGCUGAACUAUAACGAGUACAUUGUCUACAACACAAGUCAGGUUCGCAUGCGGUACUUAGUGAAAAUAAAGUUUGAUUUCAAGUAGAUGCACAGGUUCCCAAUGGAAGGAUCCUAUCGGUUAUGGCUGUCAACGCAAAUAGUGUUCAAGCCGAAAGUUGAAAUAUUUAUAUAGAUAUAACAAAAUACAGUUUAGCUGAUGAUGAAUUUGGCAAUGGCUACCAUUAGAUGAGUGGUGCUCCUCCUGAUGUAGAUGGCCCCUCCUGUGUGUGCAAUGUUACAAGUAAUUGGUGGAAAUUACGUAAUUGAAAGAGACUCUGAACACUAUUUGAUUCUAAGUUCCCUAGUUUUCUCUUUUGGUGACGACGAACGGUUUUUUUACACCUCUUCUCUUUUCCUUUUUCCUUGUUUUUCCUUUUUCUCAAGUAACAGGUAGUUCUUCAAACCUGUUAGAAAUUACGGAGAGAAAGUGGAAACGGAAAUGAAGACUUUGUAGACUUGGAGGUCAUUUCGCUGUUUUUCGAGUUAGAACCAAAACGAACUAUUUGAUUUCUUAAGAAACUGUUGCCGGUGUUUUGUUGGUGGGCAAGUGAAACAGCUAAUGGGCUAAUUACAGGUAUUUAAAACGCUGCAGCGAAUUUUUGAAAGCUGCUAUUUCUACCUUAAAUACUUCGACGAAAAAUUCUCUUAAAAUUGUUUGCCGCAACUCACCUACUUAUGGCUGAAACCAACUAAUUACAGAUCUGUAAAAAAAACCGUAUACGAGAGUUAAAAGAAGCUAACUUGUCAAAAUGAAAGAAUCAAAUAUCACUUCUAAUAUUUGUCUUUUUUAUUAUAAGAUGUAGCUUCACGGCGAGAAGGGCCUUACAAUUAGGUCUUGCAAAAACAUUUGGAUCAGUUAGGCUCUUCAUCUUGCUCCCUUAACCAAGAUCUUAAACUUAUGAGCAAUGUUCACCAUUUAAGGAAGCUCUUGAUCGCUAAACAAAUUCUCCAUGUCAGCACCUUAAGAAAUGUAUAAAGAGCAGAAUGGAGAAUGUAUAAUGAUGUUAGUGCGUGAAGGGUUGAUCGGCCUCUUAGUGAUGACCGUAGAAUCGGGAAGUACUGGGUUCGACUCCUAUUGGGAACACUCGGAGUUCUAUUUCUCGUAGCCUACGUUUAGCCGUACCCUCUCCCCCAAGGUGAAACGGAAGCUUCCGUCUCACCAACCCGCAGUGAUUACUUGCCAAAUUCAGAAUUAAAC